UUGACGCCUCAUCCCCCUACGAACAAUGGCCCACUACCAGAUCUCCCCAGGCAGAGCAGUAGGCAUAUUUCACCUUGGCGAUACACUAUGGCACGUCCUCGACCUCCUCCGCACACGCAAGAACGAGUAUCCCAAAUUCAGCUUAUCAUGGGACCCUCAGCACCCGCAUGAGUCCGCCGUGGUGAUUCAUCUACCUUCAUUGACACUUUACUUCCCCCAUCCAUCGCAGACCUUGACACUGAUAUCGUUCCCUUCUCUUGCCUUUUCCAACAUCACUUUGACCUUUGAGACCCAGCUCCUGUAUGCCCCAGAACAGCCAUUGACAAGGGCCAAAGUUGGCAGGAUAUUUGGACCUACAUUUGCCGACGAGGGUAGAGGAUUGGUGUUCCCGGGAAUAAAGUUCGAGAUGAGCUCGGAAGGGAAAGGUGGGCGAGAGGAUCUCGUGCGAAGACUAGACGUGAACGGGAAAGAGGGUGAACGUUUAAGCCUUCCUGGGCAGUUGAUUUCUUGUAACGUGCAGCCAAACAAAGGCGUUGUCCUCUCUAUAGCCGAAGAAGAACCUCUAGAAAUUAUCUUGGGACAAACCACUGCACAGGAUCUUUUGUUAGAUUUGGGUCAUCCUUUGAGAAAAUUUUGGAAAGAAGACGACAGAUUAGAAAAGAUGUGGGGUGGAACCAGUGAACCCGGAUAUUGCUUCUGGAAUUACUUUCAGUAUGGGCUAGAUUUUUUAAUUUCUCCUCAGUUCAAGGUUCAUAAAAUCCUCUGCUACUCUAACAUUCCGGGCACACCCUUAUUCCAACGUUAUGCUCGCUGCCCUUGGACUGUGUCAACCUCUUCUGGCACACUCAAUCUUACUUCCAGCGUCGCCGCUUUUCAUUCUUCCCUUUUCCCCAAACCCUCCCAAUACGAAGAAGAAAUUGAUGAACAGAAACGCUCCACUUCUGACAAGACAAGAAAAGCUUCCAAAAGUGGGGCCGGUAGUACUAAGAAAAAAAGGUCGGGGGAGCCACCUGUGAUGGUUUUGGAUAGAGUCGUAGAGGGUGGCCUAGAUGGCGUCAUGAACGUUGGGGAGAGUAGGCUUAUAGGCUAUGAAGGCCUUAUUAUCGAAGAAGAUCAAUUGAGCGGGGGAAUCUGCUCUGUCCUUGUAUGGCGAAACGAAGGAGUUCAGUCCUUGUCUUGAUAAUGUACAUCGACAAAUGUUAGGCGCCAAUGAUGGUGAAGGUUGUAAAUUUCACUCUUGUUAUAUAUAAGUAUAUGUACAUCUAUAUCUGUACAGUAAUUUCAUGCAAUUUUAUGAUCCUGCACAACCGCUCUGCAAGAAAGGAAUAAUACGUACUGUUCUGCAUUGCGCGCCAAGUAGCAAUAGCUGUCUCCUUUUGCCAGUAAUCCAACCUUUUUGUAUCCCCCCUUCUCAACGUCAUAAGAGUAUCAUGAUAAUCUUCCUCAGAUAUGAUCGAGUCCAACUGUAUUUCGUUGGGGAGGAAGGUGGAGAAUACAUGUGAACGUAGAGGGGAGCGAUGGACGUCCGAUGGACGAGGGCGGCGAAACGUCAGUAUUGGAGAAUAAGUUUUCUAAUACGCU